AUGAUAUUACUGCGCCCAACGCCACUCUUUCUCAUCGCCCUCCUCCUCCGCAUCACGCUCCUCCUCUACGGCACCUUCCAAGACACCCACUCCGCCAUCAAAUACACCGACAUAGACUACCUCGUCUUCACCGACGCAUCCCGCUACGUCUCGCACUCACAGUCCCCCUACGCGCGCGACACAUACCGCUACACCCCUCUCCUCGCGUGGCUCCUCCUCCCCACGACAUCCUUCUUCUCGUUCGGCAAAAUCGUCUUUGCGCUCGCCGACCUGCUGGCGGGAUGGCUCAUCGUGCGCAUCCUCCGCCGGAGGGGCAUGUCCGCAGAAAAGGCGGGCGCGUUCGCCGCUCUCUGGCUGUGGAAUCCGAUGGUCGCGACGAUUAGCACCAGAGGCAGCUCGGAGGGUCUGCUGGGCGUCUUGACGAUGGGGUUGCUGUGGGCCGUGGAGACGAGAAGAGUCAAUGUUGCGGCUGUGGUGCUUGGUUUGGGUGUUCAUUUCAAGAUAUAUCCAUGUGUGUGGGCGCCCGCUAUUAUAUGGUGGAUGGACGACGAGCACAUGGGCAGACCGAGAAGUCCAAACCAAGAUCCGUUUACUCGUAUUAUAGCUUUCUUCUCCAAAGAGAGGAUACAGCUUGCGGUCGUAAGCUUAUCAACCUUCAUGGGCCUCAACCUCCUCAUGUACACAAUCUACGGCCACCCGUUCCUGGUACACACCUUCUUCCACCACCUCACCCGCAUCGACCACCGGCACAACUUCUCGCCCUACAAUAUCCUCCUGUACCUCACCUCCUCUGACGGCGCAUCCUCGCUGCACGCCGAAUCACUCGCCUUUCUGCCGCAGCUGUCGCUGUCGUGUGUCUUCAUCCCGUUCGUGUUGGCGAAGAAGGACCUCGCUACGACGAUGAUGGCGCAGACGUUUGCAUUUGUGACGUUUAACAAAGUUUGUACUUCGCAGUAUUUCCUGUGGUACAUGAUCUUUUUGCCUUUAUAUCUGCCCACGUCGAGGCUGCUGCAGAAACCGAGCCUAGGCGUAACAGCGUUGAUACUGUGGGUGGCUUCGCAGGGAGCGUGGCUGCAACAGGGAUACCAGCUUGAGUUUUUGGGUCGUAGCACCUUCUUCCCUGGCCUGUGGCUCGCGUCCAUAGGCUUCUUCUUGGUGAAUUGUUGGAUUUUGGGCAUCAUUAUCAGCGAUGGGGUGGGUGUGAAUGCACCGAAAGCACAUAUUGAAUAG